UCUGGCAUUAAUAAAAAAAAAAAAUAAUAAUAAUAAUUCUGGCCCGUUACAAAGCUGCUCAGAUCAUCGACUCGACUCAUCCUUACCAUUCGCUAUAGUCAACAUGCAGGCGGCAGGUGGCAAGCUAGCCGGCAAGGUGGCUAUUAUUACGGGGGCCUCCUCAGGGAUUGGUGCUGCAACUGCCAAACUUUUUUCCAAACUUGGGGCAACUUUGGCAAUUACAGGAAGGAAUAUUGAAAACUUGAAUGCAGUUGGGGCUGAGUGUGCAACAGGUGAUGAUAAGAAGCCACUGAUUAUACAAGCUGAUUUAACAAAUGAAGUAGACACAAAGCGAAUUGUGGAGGAAACCAUUGAGAAGUAUGGCAAGCUGGACAUCCUUGUGAAUAAUGCUGGCAUCCUGGAGACAGGAAGCAUUCAGAACACUUCAUUGGAUCAGUAUGACCGGCUGAUGAACACUAAUGUAAGAUCAAUAUAUCAUCUGACAAUGUUGGCAACUCCUCAUCUCAUUGAGUCACAAGGAAACAUUGUCAACAUUUCCAGUGUUAAUGGCCUGCGUUCAUUUCCUGGUCUCAUUGCAUACAACAUUUCAAAAGCUGCAGUUGAUCAGAUGACACGUUGCAUUGCUUUAGAGCUUGCAGAGAAGAAGGUCCGUGUGAACUGUGUCAACCCCGGUGUGGUGAUAACUGAACUACAGAAACGUGGAGGCCUUGGACCCGAAGCUUAUGCUGCUUUCCUAGAACAUAGCAAAACAACACAUGCUCUUGGACGUCCUGGUCAGCCUGAUGAGGUGGCAGCAACUAUAGCCUUCCUGGCCUCUGAUGAUGCCUCCUUCAUCACAGGUGCCACAGUGCCUGUGGAUGGUGGCCGCCAUGCCAUGUGCCCACGAUAGUGAUGUGUUGUUUGAAACAACACAUGUUGAUGAGAAUAAUUUUUAUAUUUCAGUAUGUCUGAUAAAUUGAUUUAUCAAAGUACAUGAAAAUGCAUGUAUUUUGUUGCAUUUGUUCAUCAGUUUGAGAAUUGUGAUUGAACUUCUAAUUAGGAUACAUAUGUAUGUACAUACAACUCCAUAAUUAUUCUUCUGUAGAAGAUUGAACAGUGUAUUUUCAAUAAACUUGUUAACAGAUUAA